UUUUUUAAUUUUUAAUGACCAGUAAAUCACUAAAAUCUAUUCAGCGUUCCAAUACAAACAAAAUACAAGGUAAAUUAGGGUUUUCAUCACCAUAACUAAUCCUUAAAACUCCAUUAUUGUCCAACAACAACAAGCCCAAAUCGCCAUUAAUGUCGAUGUUGAUGAAGAGAUUUGGAUCUUCUUUCUUUAUUCAAUUUAUUCGUGGUUCUUCAUCUCUUUCUACUGGUACUCAUUCUUUUUACCAAUCUUCUACUUCCUCUUCAUUUCCGUCUAAAUUAGGGUUUUAUUAUCAUCAAACAGAAAUUGAUUGUAAUGAUCGGCAAUUGCUUAUUCAAUCUGCUAUACACACAUUUAAAUUAGGAUUCACUAAUAUUGAUGAUGCCAUUUCUAUGUUUUGUCGUUUGAAAUCGCUACAUCCUCCACCUUCCAUUAUUGUUUUCACUCAGCUUUUUACUGCCAUGUUGAAGAUGAAACCUUCUCCUCCAUUUUCAACUGUUAUUGCUCUUUGUAAAGACCUUCAUUUGUCAAUUCGCCGUCCAAAUUUGUAUUCCCUUAAUAUAAUUGCUAAUUGUUUCUGUCGUUUAGGUUGUAUUGAUUUAGGGUUUUCCACACUUGCCAUAAUCUUUAAGUUAGGACAUCAGGCUGAUAUUGUCACUUGGAAUACAUUACUAAAUGGUCUUGUUCUUCUUGGUCGGUUGGAUGAAGCUAUCCAACUCUUUACCAAGAUGAACAAUAUGCGCAUUUUGCCCAAUGUCAGAACAUAUAAUACCUUAAUUCAAGGUAUGCUAGUUUUGGGACAUUGGAACAAUGCUAAAGAGCUAUUUCUCAAAAUGUUGAACAAAAACGUAACGCCUAGUGUCGUUAGUAUGAAUAUUCUAAUCAACGCCUUCGCGAAGCUAAAAGAUUUCGACAAAGCUCUUGGUGUGCUUCAAGAAAUUUCUCUUAGAGGAUUAACCCCUAGUGUUGUUACUUACAACAUAGUUAUUGAUGCCUUAUGUAAGGACAAUAAACUUGCUUUCGCUAUCCAACCUUUCGAGGUAAUGAAGGCGUAUGGACUCAAGCCUGAUGUAGUUACUUGGAAUUCGUUACUCCAUGGCUUAUGUAAAGCUAUGCAGGUUGAUGAGGCAAUGGGAUUGAUAGAUAGAAUGGUGAAUGAAGGGGUGUCUCCCGAUAUUGUUACGUACAAUGUUCUAAUAGACGGUUUAUGUGAAGUCGGACAACUUAGAAAAGCUGCACAUGUGUUUUUAUCUCUACCAUCUAAAAGAUUAAAGCCUGAUUUGUAUACCUAUAAUAUAAUGGUUAAAGGACUUUGUAAAGGGGAUUUAAUUGAUGAUGCUUGUGAACUCUUCAAGAAAAUGGAGGACGAUGGAUGUUCUCCGGAUUCAUGUACCAUUAACACACUUAUUAUCGGAUUUCUAAAUGGUAAUCAUCGUAAAAAGAUUGAUGCUACCACAGCUUCAUUGUUUCAAGGUUUACUAACUCGUGACAAUGUUAGCGAUUCACAAAAGGAAUUUAUUGUACAAAUUUUGAGGUCUAAACGUGUAUGUAAUUCACUUCGUGAUUCAAGUUGAAAUUUUUCGACAUCAUUUAUGUGUAUUGUUGUAUAAUGUAUAUGGUCACUACAUGUACUUCAAUUUGUUUGGUGAAUAAUGUAGCCAAUUCCUUAUAUCUAUAAUAAGAUUCAAGUAUACUUUCUUUCGGCUUUCGUGAUAGUAAAUUGCUAUCUAGUUUAUUUAAGUAUUGUUUCUUGAGAAUCGAGUUUUGUCUCAGUUGGAGCAAGUAUUGCGUUUAGACAAACUCCUGAGAUCGAAUCUCACCUAUCUUUCUAUUUCCUUACCAUACCCUAUAAUUCAAAAAAGUAUCGUUUCUUGAGAAACCUUUUGUUCCUUUGUAUAUUGCACUUGAAUUUUCAGUAGAUGUGUUUAACUUGUCCAAGCCUUAAUCUUAAAGCUUCAAAUGAGAGCUUUAUUGAAAAACAUUCUCCCUCAAUGUUCAGUUGAUGAUCAGAAAAUGGUGAACUAAUUCUGAAAUUGUAAU